GCUAUAGAGGCUGCGCAUGUGUAUCCGUUUAUUUGCAUUUGAGAGAAGAAAUGCAAUAAAUAUAGUUAUUCUGUGGAUUAAGAGCAUUAAUCUAUCUGAAAAUGUCCAAACUGCAGCUGUUGAAUACGUUUCUCACCGAGCGAUUAACUGCGGCGGCUGUUGAGAUAUUUGGGGCAGUGGAAAAAACGAUAACGGAGUACCAGGAAGAAAUCUCCCGUUCAAAGGAGGAGAUCGAUCGUCUACGAAGGCAACUGCACAUAGUUACCCAACCGAAGAUAAAGUUACAUAAAGCAGAUACCCAGCAGCUCAUUCUCCCUGUCCCUGAGGAGGUUCCCCUUGAGCAGCAGCACUGUGAGCAGGAGUGGACCCCAGGUCUGGGGCAGGAGGACUCAGACCCCACACAGGUUAAAGAGGAACAGGAAGAACUCAGGACCAAUCAGGAGGAAGAGCAGCUUCAGGGGCUAGAGUCUGAUACCAACAUUCUAACAUGUUCUCCUCCCUUUGUGAAAAGUGACAGUGAUCAGGAUGACCCACAUAAGUCCUCCCAACUUUACCACAUACAAACUGUAGAGAACAGAGAGAGGGACCCACUACCUACCAGCAGAAUUGAAGAGAUCAAAAUAGAACCCGAUGAAGAGGAUUACAGAGUAUCAGAACCAACCAGUGACUCUCAAACCCUCUCUGGAGUAACCCCUUACAGCUCUGUGAGCACAUUAAAUAUGAAUCAGCUAAUUGGCAAUGCAGAAUCAGACAAACCAUUUCAGUGCAAUGUAUGUGGCAAAUUCCUCAAGAGGGAAAAAAGUCUUAUCGUGCAUAUGAUGGGUCAUGCAGGAGAGAAACCAUUUACAUGUCCUUUAUGUAACAAAGGCUUUGUUGCGGUAGGCACUUUAAAGACACACCUGAAACUUCACACAGGGGAAAGGCCACACCGUUGCCAUGUUUGUGGAAGAUGCUUUAAACUGAAAGGAGCCCUGACGGAGCACAUGAGGAUACACACUGGGGAGAAACCAUUUAGCUGCCAUGAUUGUGGCAAAUGCUUCAGUCGGACGAAUGCCCUUACGAAUCACAUGCUGCACAUUCACAAGAAGAAAAGAACGUACAAGUGACCUGCGGAGAAAGAGUCUGUCUGAAAAGUAGCCUUCUAUCUAUAUGGCACACUUAAGUAAUGCCCUUUUAAUUGAAUAAAGUAUGGGUCAAUAUUUGAAGGAAUAAACGCAUUGACCGUUUACUAAACAACAGGUAUUCUCAUGUUAUGAAGCUAUAGAUAGUUAGGAGCCUCUGUCAUCCAUCUAUUAUUCAAACAAAAUGAUUGAAGACCAUACAUACACGACGUUCAAGUCUACUCAUUUUAUUUAUUUAAAAAAAUAAAAGUCUGUGGGUCUAAAAAAAAAGCACAUUUUACAUUGGAAUAACAAAACCCAAGGGAUAAGAGGUGUUUACWUUUGCCAACCUUGAAUAGAUGUCACUAAUCCACUGCAAGAUAAUGUUUUUCCUCGCUGCGGAGAUAGGAAUGUUGUACAGCCUUCUGUGACACGCAGAAGUAACAUGCUUAAUAGGGAGAACUAACAGCAAAGAAAUUGAUUUUCAUUCUAGGUCAACCCAUGGAUUUUUUUUCAAUUUYUUGAAGGACCUUUAGACCAGUACCUUUGUAAUUUGGAACAUGGCCAUAAGAAAUGUGUAAGGGUGCAUGUAUCAGUUUUACAUUUAAGAUACUGAGGAGAGGAGAAAGGGUUGGAGAUAUAUGCACAAUUUGGAGAUAUAUGCAAUGUGUGUAUUAUUCUUAAUUGGAUUGCUCUAAUGCGAUUACAGAUAGAUAUUGUUUUUGCAUAUCUCCAAAUGUCCUCCCACAUCUCCUCAACAAUAGUAACAGACAGUUCAUUCUCCCACACUCGCUUGACCUCCUGUGUAUCUACAGUAGAAAAGGACCUUAAAGUAUCAUAAAAUAAACUUACAGACAUUUUGCGUUGUGAAGAAAACAAGCAUUCUUUCAAUGACAGACAUCAGGGUUGGCAACCAAGUUGUUGGUUGAAAACGUGUCUGACUUGUAGAAAGCGGGAAAAGGCCUGCUUUGGGAGCUGAUAUUUCUCAACCAUCUGCUCAAAUGACAUUAGAAUCUUGUCAGCAUAUAAAUCAUUUAGUCUGCCUAUGCCCUUAUUAAUCCAAAGGUUAAAGCCAACAUCCACCAAUUUUGGUACAAAAUCUGUGCUCUUAAGAAUCUGGGUAAGAGCGCAGAUGUUAUUUUGGACCUUCCCUCAAAACGUUGAACUGAUCCUCCAUGCCUUGAGUGUAUUAAUUGUAAUGGGAUUAUCUCAGCUAUCUUUUACAGAUUUGAAGCUUCUGAAAAUAAAAGAUCCUGCUAGGGGUAUGUUGAAAAAUAUGUCUCAAUAUCUAACCGAAUGGAGGAGUCGUCAUUUGUGAUCCAGUCAGAAAUAUACUGUAUAUAUAUAUAUAUUUAUUUUUUAAAGAGAGUACUUUUYUAUUUUUAAUGGGAUUAUGGCUCCCUCUAAUGUUCCACUUAAAUAAACACAGUCUGUUAUCUGUCAUUGUACUUUGACCAAUCAAUAUGGUCAAAGUGAGAUGCAGUGCCUUAGGCCGCAGCGCCACUCGGGAGCCCUACAGGGGUGGUGGWUUUGGUCGAGUUCUUAGUAGUUCUGCCGGGAAUGUUGUCAGAAACUUUUGACAUAUCCGUCAAGACUCAUUGUAGAGUAACUUAUUUUGCAAAUUGUACUACUUUUUCAAGCUAAGAAAUUAAUAUAAAGAGAUAAAUUAACUAAUGCCACGGGAGCUUGCUGAAACACGGUGUUUACUCUAACCAAAAGGGUUUUUAGAGUCGUGGCCAUUUCAAAAACCCAAACAAUGCAUUUGGGGCAGCAGUGACCUCCAAGAGCAUUUAUUGCAGUGCAGAACCGAGAGCCACUUGAUUUUAGGUCUGUCUGGCCGGAUCAUACCCGGUCUGAUUAGCAUCAUUUGCCGAUGGGGGCGCAUCAUAUGUGUGCCAGGCAUCAUCUGCAUGUGGCCCAUUGGUGUUCGCAUACCUGGACCUACAGGACAGCAAACAUCACAGAUAUCUUAACUGGUUUCACUUGUUAUUCACAUUAGAUCCUAAUCAUGGUYGAGUAUACAUGUCCCUUAUGAAUCCAUUCUAUCAAAUCUUGGUGAAAAAUACAUCUCAAAGUUAUGACCUUGACCAUGCAUGAACUACUGUAUUUUGUUCAAUGAAGAUAUUGGUGAUCAGCAGUAGAUACAUUUUGUAAAYGCAGGUGAGAACUUGUAGAUCUUUAAUCUAAUUCCUAUCAAAAAUAUAUUUACAUCAACAAUAUAUAAUUUAAGUGUUGGGGCAACAAUCUUACCUCCAGGCAUCAUYCCAUGUGGUGGGGGGGCCCUCAUUUGCAUCAUAGGGGGACCAUGACCACCCAUAUGGGGCCCAGGUACUGGUAGCAUGCCUGGGCGUGGAGGGCCACCUGGGGUUCACAAAUCACAGGUUUAUUGCUGCGUUCAUAACCAAGUGGGAAGGGGGUAAUUAACAGUUGUGAAGUCAUAAAAAACAGUUGAAUGCUUUCACGGUGAAAUGGUUGAGAAACACAAAUUGGCUAAUGGC